AAUAAUCUCCCCCCCCCUCUCUCUCUCUCUCUCUCUCUCUCUCUCUCUCUCUCUGUGUUUCGAAAUUACAUACACACAUAUACACAACUUCUAUUAGCAGAUCUAAGAUCCACAAUUUACAGAUCCCGAAUGUCUCUGCUUCGUUCGCUGAUCUGAAGUGUAAAAAUCAUAUAGGUUCACUGUAAUUUAAAAGCAAAUAGUCAUCAUGUCAAGGAGGCAUGCAAAUCCCUCAAGGCGCUUGGCAAUCAAUGGUCCAUUUGGGGGAGUUUUCCAACCCAAAUCACGCGUUUCUCCUCUAUUAUCCCUUGUCCUCGUCGUUGUGGGCUUGGUGUUUGUUAUAGGCCAUUUUCGCGGUGGCUCAGGUACAUUUGGGGGUCGCAAAGAUGCAAUUAGCAAGGUUGAAGGUGACUUUUCUUGCACACUCGAUGUUCAGAGAGCAAUACCUUCUUUAAAGAAAGCAUAUGGUGACAACAUGCGCAAAGUUUUGCAUGUGGGCCCUGAUUCUUGCUUAGUGGUCUCUAAAUUGUUAAGAGAGGAGGAAACUGAAGCAUGGGGUGUAGAACCAUAUGACAUGGAAGAUGCCGAUGGGCACUGCAAAUCUCUUGUACGCAAAGGCAUUGUGCGUGAAGCUGACAUCAAGUUUUCUCUGCCUUACAGAGCAAAGUCAUUUUCUCUGGUUAUUGUAUCAGAUGCACUGGAUUACCUCUCACCAAAGUACCUGAACAAGACUCUUCCGGAUUUGGCAAGAGUGUCUACGGAUGGUCUUAUUAUUUUUACAGGUUAUCCUGGAACACAGAGAGCUAAAGUUGCAGAGUUAUCCAGAUUUGGACGUCCGGCCAAAAUGCGGAGCUCAUCUUGGUGGAUGCGAUUCUUCGUCCAGACCAGCUUAGAAGUGAAUGAAGCCACCACUAAAAAGUUUGAGCAGGCUGCAAUCCAUUCAGGCAAGCUGAGCUGCCAAGUGUUCCACCUCAAUUCAUAUCAUAGAUAGUUCAAUGAUCUCAUUCAUAAUUUUGUACGUUUUUGAAACAUCUAAGUCCAACAGUGUUUUCAGUUUUCAUAUGAAAUGUGCCCUAAACGGGGAUGUUGAUCAUUUCACUGCAUAUUCUGUCCUGCAUUAUAUAGUCAAUAUUUACUAACGAAAAUUGUUGAAAGAA